CACACAUUUCUCCUUCUGUCUCCGUCCCCGGCCUGUCUUUCACAUGUUUUAUUGUCAUGAUUGAAAAACAAUCACACUCUAAAGCCUGGCAAGACACUGUCGCGUUUAAGUGAUCGUGACACUAGGAUUUUGAUAACUUUUUUUUUGUUUCUUUCUUUUCGAAAACGGUUCAUUUUAUUGUCUGGAGUUUACGUCAACGAAGUGGAAAAAGCCAGGACUCACGAGAAGUUUAGCGUGCUGGCCCUCAACCGGUCCAGCAGUCCGCUCCAUUCGGCCCUGCGGUCAUGUUCGGCACACGCAAGACCUGGGACCUUGGCCACGCCCCCUGCCUGCAGGACCUCUGGAAGAAAGACGUCUCAUUGGACGCGAGCUCCGUGGACUUCCUGAUGAGUGAUGGUGAGGAGGACGCCUCCUUCCUGCCGCUGCAACCCUCCGUCUUCCCACGCCACUGCCUGCCCUCCGACCUCAGCGAGACCCACGCCACCGACAACCAGCAGCUACUCAUUCAGACUCUGCAGGAGCGGGUGUGUGAGUUCCAGGCUCGUCUCCGCGGCGAGGAGGCCGGUAAGAGAUUACAGCUUCAGCAGUGCGGUGGUCACCAAGCCCACGACAAAGAGCACCGAGGCACGGUGAGCCCUGACCACAAGCAGACGCAGGACCUCCGAGAUCAACACCGUCUGCGCGACCGUCACCAGAACCACAAAGAAAGCAGCGCUUCUGGAGGGAGGUUGCCUUGUUCCGUUUCACAAAGACUGGCUCAAUCUUUAAGUAUUUCACCGGACGCGCGAGGCCAUCUCGACCAAGAUUUGAACGGCUUGGAAGGAGAACCGUUGGAACUUAUCACAGGGUUACGCACACAGAUAGAGGAGCUGGAGGAGAAACUGUCGGACCAGACGCAGGAGGUGGAGAGACUGCGCUCAGAGCUGGGGGCGACAGACCUGGAGAAGCAGCUGGAGGUGCUGGAGAACGAGAACCAGCGGCUCAAACAGGAGCUGAAGGCUGGCCAAGCCCAGGCUGCUCCCGCCACCUGCACCACCUGCACACACAGCCAGGAUGCGGAGCGGCUGCGUGAGGAGCUGUGCGGGCGGGAGGAGGAGUGGCGGCAGCGCGCGCGGCGCCUGGAGGCGCUGGAGCUGCAGGUGAGGGAGCGCGCGGGCCUGGUGGCCCGGCUGGAGCAGCAGCUGGACGAGGCCGGACGGCGCCAGCGCGAGCUCCAGCUGCGGCUGGACGAGGCCACGCGCCGCGGGCAGGACACCGAGCAGCAGCUGACCAGCAGGCUCCGCGAGAGCGAGCAGGCCCUCGCACGCCAGGCCGCCAUGCCCCCGCAGGUCAAGUACGUGACUAAGACGGUGGAGGUGGAGUCGGCCCAGUGUAAGGCGGCGCUGGCCGAGUGUCAGGCGCGGAACCAGGCCCUGCAGGAGCAGCUCAGCAUCCAGAGACAGCUGCUCAGGGAGCUGGAGGAGCAGCUGCACGAGUCCCACAAGACCAGCGGACAGCUCAGGCAACAGAUCCUGGUGUACGAGGGGGAGAUGGAGAGGGCUCAGGGGCAGCUGGAGGCUGAGAUGCAGAGUCUGGAGGAGGAGAAGAACCGUGUGAUCGAGGAGGCCUUUAUCCGUGCCGAGAGUGAGAUGAAGGCUGUGCAUGAGAACCUAGCAGGUGUGCGCAUGAACCUGUUGACUCUGCAGCCGGCUCUGCGCACCCUCACCUGUGACUACAACUGCUUGAAGAGGCAAGUGCAGGAGUUUCCCUUCCUGCUGGAGAAGGCCAUUGCAGAGGCCAAGCAAGAGAUCUGUCAAGUGAUUGGGGAGGUAAGCAGUGCCAACCAAGAGCUACUGCGCAAGUACAAACGCGAGAUGAACUUGAGGAAGAAAUGUCACAAUGAGCUGGUGCGACUUAAAGGAAACAUCAGGGUGUUCUGUCGUGUGCGUCCUGUCAGCCAGAGUGAGAUGGAUGCAGUGGACGCAAAGAACAUGGCGACCUUUGACACAGAAGAUGACUCAAUCCUCUACCUGUCCAGUAAGGGCAAGGUCAUGACCUUUGAACUGGAUAAAGUCUUUUCCCCUCAGGCCACACAAGAGGAGGUGUUCCAGGAAGUUCAGUCUCUGGUUACUUCCUGUAUCGAUGGUUUCAACGUGUGCAUCUUUGCCUACGGUCAAACUGGUUCAGGAAAGACAUACACUAUGGAGGGGGUGUCUGAGGACCCUGGUAUCAACCAACGUGCUUUGCGACUGCUAUUUGACGAGGUGUCUGAGAAGAAACCAGACUGGGAUUACAACAUCUCCGUUAGCAUGGUGGAGAUCUACAAUGAGACAUUACGGAGCCUGCUGGGGGACAACCUGAAUGACAAACUGGAGAUAAAGAUGUGUCCAGAUGGCAGCGGUCAGCUCUAUGUCCCAGCCCUCGCUGAGUUCCCCGUGAAGAGUGUCGAGGACAUCAAUAAGGUGCUGGAGCUUGGCCACAUGAACAGGGCGACUGCCUGCACCAACCUGAACGAGCACAGCUCUCGAUCCCAUGCGCUGCUUAUCGUCACGGUGUCUGGCUUCAACGCCUCCACAGGCCACCGCUCCUCAGGCAAGCUGAACCUGGUGGACCUGGCGGGCUCCGAGCGCAUCACCAAGUCUGGCGCGGAGGGCAGCCGCCUGCGCGAGGCCCAGUGCAUCAACAAGUCCCUGGCGGCCCUGGGUGAUGUCAUCAACGCGCUGCGCUCGCGCCAGUCCCACGUGCCCUUCCGCAACUCACGCCUCACCUACCUGCUGCAGGACUCGCUCAGCGGAGACAGCAAGACACUCAUGAUGGUGCAGGUGUCUCCUCUGGACACUAAUGUCAGUGAGUCCGUCUGCUCUCUGAAGUUUGCGCAGCGCGUUCGCAAUGUGGAGCUGGGUCACUCUUCCUCACGGAGGCAGACCGAGAACUCCUCCACCUCCUCCUCACCCACUCACGACAGUGUGGAGCUGGACUCUCCCCCGGUGACCCCAGUGCCACUGCCCAUCUCCAGGGCCAGCAGCGCCGGCUCCACGCUCUCCUCCUCCUCCAAGACCCCCAACACACGCCGACGCUCCCACAGUCAGCUGGCCACCGAUAGACAGGUAGACAGAGCAAGCCCAUUGGUUGGGGAAGGUGGGCAGGACGAAUGAAGCUCACCGCCUGAAUGACGCAGUGGCUUGGGAGUAGAGCAAGAGUCUCCCAACACCUGUGUCCACCGGUGGGGCUUUUUUCUGCCCCUCUGUAGCAAUGAACUGCUGUCUUCCAUUGGGUUUCAUCUGAAGGAGGUGAUGGGAUGGAUAUCGAGACAGGAAACAGAGGAGGGACCUAGACUUUUACCGGCCUAUCAGGGCCAGAGCCUGGACUUCACUGGCCAAUCAGGGUCUGGGAUCAGUGCGAGGGGUGGGAGGUUGUGGGGGUUUGGGCAUCACCUCCAGUUGGAUUUUGCUCUGACCAGCAAAUGAAGCAGCCUGGCUCACACACACACACACACACACACACACACACACACACACACACACACACACACACACACACACACACACUCUUUACACACACACACACACCCCUGGGUGAGCAACAUACUCCUCCAGUCGCCAGUUCCUGCUCCCCUGGACCUUCCCUCUGGCCCACAGAGGAGCUGUGAGAGGAGGGUCUGUCAGCUCUCGUGGGAUGUCAGUAUUUCCUGGACAACAAAAGAAGCACUUUAGACCAGGCUGCUAUCGUCACCUCUGCUGUUCUGCCACUCAAGAGCUCCGCUCCUGACAAACCUGCCCACUCGUGUACAGAUCUGUAUAUUCCAGGAGAGGAUGAGAGGAAGGAGACAUUGUAGAUUCUGUACGGCUUUCGUUUGACUCAAGACUUUGGUACAGGACUCCUGAUCACUCUCUACAUCCCACCCGUCCCCCCGUCCCCCCACCCCCACGUCCCCCACACACACACCUCUCGGUGAUUCCCCGCCAUCAGGCAUAAGGACACUUCAGACUUCUGUCCACCCAGAGAAACUGUGCAAUACAGGGAAACCCAAAAAAAAGCCCUACAGACCAGACCACGUUUCUUCACUCCUGGAGAGGAAAUUGUGUGUGUUUGUGUAUUUUCUCUUCAUUUUCCAGUCUUCCUGAACAGUGCAUGUGUUUUUAAUGUUCAAGUCUCUUUGUGUUUUUACACUUCAGCGUACUGCUUUCAGAGACAAUCGUUUACCGGCGAUCAUGGUACAUAACAGAACACCUACUGCACGCAUACACACACACACACACACACACACACACACACACACACACACACACACACACACACACACACACACACACACACACACACACACACACACACACACACACACACAGUCAAAUGCACCACACACAGGUAACCCAGAGCUGGCCACACACCAUUGCCAGGCUCACAAUGCCAACCCAAGCCACCCCUCUCCCCUCAGUCACUGCUAGAUGUGAAUGCUGUGAGUGCGUUGUGAAAGUGAAGGGGAUGGAGAGACUCCUCCAUGAUGCUGAGCUGUGAGGGAUACCGCAUUGCGAAGCAACGUCAGCUGCAUUUGGGGGGAAAAGCCUUUUGGUCAUGGUGGUUUGUGGGUCACCUGCUUGCUUGUGCUCAUGUUGGUGUAGGAUUUGUAUGCAGUUUUGUUUUUGUACACCGUUUAUAAUAAACACCCCUUUCUAAAACCAAA